UCAGAUAGCAUUUAGCUCGAAAUCGCUAUAGAAGUUAGUAAACAAUAUGUCCGGGAAACCCGAUAACAAUCAGUAUAAUGAUGACGAAUUGGUGCCACCUGAGUGGCUCAACUCCGAGUUCAUAGCCCACGUUCUGGAAGCUCAUGAAUCGGAGUCGGAGUCCGUGGUCAAGGUAAUCGAUUUGAGCUUCUCCCCGGCGAGUGCGAAGGGUGAUCACUAUGCCAGCAUCAUGUUCCGGGCAAAGGUGAAGUACACCAACCGGAGAGGGGAGUUCCAGAAGUCGCUGAUCAUCAAGACAAUGCCAGAGGCAGAGGGACACAAGAAGGAUAUGCUCGGAGGAUCGCCGAUUUUCAAAACCGAGAUGGGAUUGUACACAAAGGUGCUGCCCGAGUUCGAGAGGAUUCUUCGCCAGGUCGGCGAUAACACCAAGCUAUACGUGAAUUGCAUAUACCACAGUCUGGUGCCGCAUCAGGUCCUGAUCUUCGAGGAUCUGGUCGAGAUGGGCUACUUUGUGCUGCGGGAUCGGGACGCCAGCUUAGAGGAGAUACGCCGCGUCCUCUUCAAACUGGCCAAGUGGCAUGCGGCCAGCUUAAAAGUGCAGCAAGAGCAACCAGAGUUCCUAGAGCCUUACACCCACGGACUGUUUGAGAUGCCACACGUCCUGAACGAGCCCUUUUUGAAAACUGGAAUGGAGUUCUUUGUGGAACUUUUGGGUAAGGAGCCGGAGCUGCAUAAGUACAAGCCAUACUUCGAAAGCAUCAAGGACAAUUUCCUGGAGCGACUCGUUGAGGAGUGGAAGGAUAUUCGAAGAAACCAACAGAAGGACGAGUACUGGGUGCUUUGCCACGGAGACCUGCACCUGCGCAACAUAAUGUUCAAGUAUAAGGAUCCUGGAUCCUUUGAGGACUGCAUGCUGCUAGACUUUCAAAUCAGUAAUCUGUUUCCCCUGGCAUUCGAUCUGGUUUAUUCGAUAUACAUGCUUCUGGAGCCAGAACAUCGAUGGCACAACUGGGAUGAACUCAUCAACUAUUACUUUGCCGUUCUGGAGGAUGUUUUAAAAAAGAUUGGCUAUGAGGGGGUAAUGCCUACUCAAUCGGGUCUUUGGCAGCGUCUGCAUCAGCACAAGUACUACGAGUUCUUCCUUAUCAGCACCUUUCUACCGCUGAUGUGGGCGUUGAGGGAUAAGUCUGUCGACUUUGGAGAUCUGCUUCAAAAUGAGGAAAACCGAAGGAAAUGCUCUUUUUCUGUGGGUUACAUUAAAGAUGUCAAAAUAGUGCUGGCCCGUUUGGAUCAGUUGGGCUUACUAAGUGCCUAAAAGUAUUCACAUAAUAUAUGAUAAAAUGGUUGUUAAAAUGUCCAGUAAGGUUUAUAAAUAAAUCAAUCAUAAGUCAGCCCAGCA